AUGAUUCAGUUCCUGUUGCUGAUGAGCCGCCAGGGCAAGAUACGGCUGUCCAAGUGGUAUGUGACGCUCUCGCAGAAGGAGCAGGCCAAGAUAAUCCGUGAAGUGAGCCAGGCGGCGCUUGGCCGCUCUUCUCGCCUGUCCAAUAUGUUCGAGAUUGAGGGGCGCAAGUACGUUUGCCGCCGUUACGCCUCUCUGUACUUCAUCGCCUGCGUCGACAAGACAGACAACGAGCUGAUGACGCUGGAAAUCAUCCACCACUUUGUCGAGGUGCUGGAUCAGUACUUCGGCAACGUCUGCGAGCUCGACUUGAUCUUCAACUUCCACCGCGCGUACUUCAUCCUUGACGAGGUGCUGCUAGGCGGGGAGCUGCAGCUGAGCAACAAGCGCGGCAUACUCGACUACAUCGACCGGCUUGACGCCGCCGCGGAGCGCAGCGAAGCCCGGCUCGAGGGUGGCUCUCUUGUUGACCAGAUGACCAACGCCAUCAAGGGUGUCUGA